AUGGAUCUUCAAAUCUCCCAACCCUUCCCUCUCUCCAGCGGUCUCGUCCUGCCCAACCGCCUCGUAAAAUCCGCCUUAGGAGAAUGCCUUAGCAAGGACGGCCUGCCCAACAUGGCACACAACAACACCUACGCGACCUGGGCAGACGGCGGAUGGGGCCUCGUCAUGACCGGCAGCGUCCUGACCGACGAACGCUAUCUCUCCGACGCCGGCGACGUCUACCUGAUCGACGACGAAGCCAAGAUGCGCGAGGCCUGGAAGGCGUGGGCGAAAGCCAGCAAAGGCGCCGCGGGAGGGUCGCCGACCAUGGUACAGAUCUGCCAUGCGGGCCGCCAGUCGCCGCUGGGCGCAGGGAAGAGGGGCUUCUUUGAGAAAUCCAUCGCGCCGUCCGCGACGCCGCUGCAGCUGGGGUCAGGGUUCCUCGCCAGGCUGAUCUCUGCCCUGGUGUUUGGCACGCCCCGGGAGAUGACGCCCGACGACAUCCAGGACGUGGUGCGGCGGUUCGCCAGGACGGCGCGCAUCGCUGCCGAGGCCGGGUUUGACGGCGUGGAGAUCCACGCGGCGCAUGGGUUCCUGCUUGCGCAGUUCCUGAGCGCCAAGGUGAACAAGAGGACGGAUGCCUACGGCGGGAGCCCCGCCAAGCGGGCGCGCAUUGUGGUCGAGAUUAUUCGGGCUGUGAGGGAGGCGGCCCCCAAGGGGUUUACCGUUGGUGUGAAGCUGAAUAGUGUCGACCACCAGUCCGAGUCGGAGCUGGAGGAUUGUAUCGAGCAGCUGCAGGUCAUCCUGGAUGAGGGCAUUGAUUUUCUCGAAGUCAGUGGUGGGUCGUUUGAGAAUCCUGAGGUGAGCCGUGAGGUGCAAGCGAAAUCCGCCCGGACCAAAGCCCGUGAGGCCUUCUUCCUCGACUUUGCCAAAGCUAUCCGCGGCAAGUUCCCCACGGUGCCUCUCCUCGUCACCGGCGGCUUUCGGACACGCCUGGGAAUGGAGGCCGCCGUGGCCGAGGGCGGAUGCGACCUCAUCGGGAUCGGGAGGCCAUCCGUUCUGAACCCUCUACUGCCCAAGACGGUCGUUUUCAACCGCGAAGUCAAGGGUGAGGAGGCUAAGUUGUUUGCGAAGAGGAUUGAAGCGCCUUGGUUAAUGAGAAAAAUGAUCUCACCCAACGUGGGAGCUGGUACAGAGGUGGCCUGGUAUACCAAGAAGAUUUCUGAGAUGAGCAAUCUUGGAAGCCAUGAGAUUUGA